UAAAAUUCCGCACUAUAAUUGGUGGCUUACUUCUUUCCGGUAUAGUAAAAAUCAUAUAUCAGAUUUUUCUGGAGUUUUUAAGAGCUAUUAGAGAGCUAUUAAAGAGACUAGAAUAUCAGUUAAAAUACUUUAAAUAUUUAUUUUAUUUAUUUAUUUAUUUAUUUAAAAGACCUAUUAUUAUUAAAAGCACAUGCAAAUAUGUAUCAUGGAUAUUGUCUGUGUGGCUAUAUCACAUCGUCAUCAUGGUCUGACUCGGUGUAGCAUUGUACUGAUCCCCUGUUUAUGUUAACCAAUUGCAGCACUGUUCGGGUUUUCAGGAAUCAGGAAUUGGGUUUGCGUGAUGCGUACUUAAACCUUGGGUAACGUUUUAAUUGGCUACCUGCUGUGACAGUCAAAGCCCUCGAUUUACCCAACUGGUGAAAUGUAGCACUACAGGAGUUGACAGUACUAAACCAAGGUUACUUAUUUAACUAAACUCAUUACUCAUCACUGAAGAGAAAGCUGGAAGAGGAAACAAGGCACGAAUCUGUGACAGCGUCAAAAAUGAACAACUUCACCGGGAGAAGUAGAAACGAUGAUGAUAACGACAUUUCAGUGGCGCUCGACAGAGAAGAAAUAGAGAUUAACUGCCUAGAACAAGAGGAUGAACGUGAAACUGAAAAGAUUGAACUGAAAAAUAAUAGUAACAGUCAUCACUUUACUAAUGAUGAUGGAGCAGGUAGCACAGAUAAUAACACAGCACGUAUGGGAAACGCAGGUGUCAGAAAACAGUUGUCUGUUUUCAUGUGCUGUGGACAGAAUAAAGUUAAAGCUGAUACAAAGAAUGGCAAGCAGACAAUUUCGAAAGACUUGGAAAAGAAACCUGCCUUUACAGGAAUUGGCCUGGUUUAUGCCUUGUUGGCCUCGUUUCUUUUCUCAGUCGUAGCCCUUUUAGCGAAGAAAAUCGAGGGAGUCCAUUCUGUGGAAAUCAGUUUGAUCCGAUGUUUCUUCCAGAUGGUGUUUGUACUUCCUGCCAUUAUUUAUAAUAAAACUGGAUUUUUGGGACCAAGAGAUCAGAGAAUCUUUCUCUUUCUGAGAGGGUUUCUCGGUGCGAAUGCAAUGAUUCUAUUAUUCUACGCCGUGCAGCAGAUGCCUUUGGCCGACGCAACUGUCAUUAUGUUCAGUAAUCCAGUCUUUACUGCGAUCUUGGCCUGGAUUUUCCUCAAGGAAAAAUGCACCAUCUGGGACUUUGUCUUUACCAUUUUCACACUGACAGGAGUUAUACUGAUUGCAAGACCCCCCUUCCUCUUUGGGUCCCGCACUGAGGGGAUUGAGGGAGAAUACACAAACCACAUGAAGGGAACCAUUGCAGCAUUUGCAGGCGCAGUAGGAGCUGCAUGCACUUUUGUUGUGCUCAGAAAAAUGGGGAAAAGCGUGCACUACUAUUUGUCUGUGUGGUACUAUGCAGUCAUUGGUUUCAUAGAAUGCGUCAUUGCUCUGUUCGCCAUUCAGGAGUGGAGCUUACCAUAUUGUGGGGGGGACAGGUGGCUUUUGAUAUUGAUAGGGCUGCUGGGAGUAGCAGGCCAGGCCUUUCUCACAAAAGCACUGCAGCUUGAAAAAGCAGGCCCUGUGGCCUUAAUGAGAACUAUGGAUGUGGUGUUUGCCUUUAUAUUUCAGUUUUUUUUUCUUAAUCGUGCUCCAACCUGGUGGAGUUUUGGUGGAGCAUUCUGUGUAAUUAGCAGUACAAGUGGAAUUGCACUGCGUAAAUGGUAUAUUAAUACAAGAAGUGGGUAACCAAAACUACAAUGAUGGCCACAGCUAUACUUUAUCUGACCAUAAUCUCUACUAUACAGUUUGCGUACUAUUAAUAGAGAUUUCACUGUGUUCUUGCCAUAAUCUAAGCCUUUCAUUUACCCAUCAAUUAAUAGAAUUUGUGAAAUAAUGUGGGGGCACAGAAUAUAUAUAUAUAUAUAUAUAUUCUGAUAACCUUUCUACUGCAGCUACAGUAUAUUUUCUUAAUGAUUUUAAAUGGUAUAGAUUAAUAACACUACAGCAUAAUUUCACUUUAAUUGCAUCACACAUCACAGUCUUUCUUGCAAGACCUAGUAAUGACAAAUACCUUGUUAUUCCUUUUACGGGUAAAUUAGAUUAUUAUAUUAUUUUAUACAUUUUUUCAUGCACUUAUGGUGCAUUUUCUUGUUAUCUUAUUAGUUAAAAAAAUAAUGAAAAAGGAGUUUUGCAUUGUAUUACAUUGGGGUCUAGAUUUCUCAUCGAAUCUACAGGGUACUGUUUCUUUUUUUAAUAGUCAUAAUAUAUUAGAAAAUUUUGAUCGCUCAGGGACAGAUCAUUAGAAGCAUUUUUGCCUUUUUGAAUAGAUUUGAGUAUAUGUUUUAUUUAUUUAAGUGAAUAUCAUACAGCCUUUUCCAUGCAGUAGUGAAGGCCUCACUUCAAGAUUUCCAUCUUUUCUAAGUAUGUUCAGUAAAUGUCAUGUAUAGGACCAUAAUUGAUUAUGCACUAUAAACACUUAAAAGUGAUUGUAGCUAUUGUGCACUUCCUUUAUGAUAUCACAACAAUAGGAUCAAGAAAUAUUGUGUUUGCAAGUCUUGCUUAGGUAUUGUUGCCCUUCCUUGAUCAUUUCACCUGGAUUGUAAAACUGUCCCCAUUUGCAAUUAGCAACACAUUUGAACCACAAGACCCUGCUGAAAGGCAGUGAAACAGUAACAGUAAGGUGAGUAAACUGAGAACUUUUCUGGUGUUAGAUAGCAUGUUUUAAAAUGAAAACACAUGCUUGCAUAUUUGAGACCUAGGCCUAUAUACAGUAACGAACAAAAGUGCAUGACAGAUAAGAUUUAAAAAUAAUAAUAAUAAUGAAUGGCAAUCUGCCUACAUCCCUAUGGGUAAGCUACUGGAAGAGAUCUAGAAUCUCUAUGUUCAGAAGGGGGAUUGUUCUAAACAGUUGUUCUAAACAGUUAUGAGUGCCGUUGCUUAGAUAUUGAAUUGUAUUCAUUUAGCUGUAUAAUAUGCACCACAAGUGCAUGAAAAGCUUACUAGAAGUUCUACUUUCUCUCUAGAAAAACCCAACUGUUUACAGUAUUUAGGAGGAAAGAGCCAUCACAAUCUUUCUUUGUGGACUUUUUGUUAAACUGUCUUGAUUGCAGGUUAAUUUCUAGGUUUGAGAUUCAUGGAUAACAUAAAAAAUGGACACUUUUACAUGUUUUUUUGCAACCCUACAAGAAACCAAUUAAGCAUUCUGUCAGUUUUAUAAAGAUGUACAAAUAUUUUUGUCCAAAAUAUUAAAUAUCCAUCCAUUUUUACAAUGUUUGUACUGUAUGUGCAAUUUGGCCCCAUAAGCAUUGAAGAUUAAAUACAAGUUUCAAUAACAAUUUGUAGAUAUUUUUCUACUCAAAAUGUUUUGAAAGUCCUUGAUACUGUAUAAAACUAUUUUGGAAUGAUCAGGCUAUGAUAUAUUUUUUUAAAUAUGUAUUAUUACAAAAGGUUGCAUUUAAUAUUUUACAAUAUAAUUCCAUGUUAAAAGAAAUACUUAUUCUCUGAACGGAUUUCAACCUGUAUAAAAAUAAAAAAUAAAAACCUUUUCCUAAAACCAAAAUAUGUGUUUUGUGUUGUUACUAUUAAAGAAUGGUUGGAGGAAGUGUCUUUAAAAUAAAAAAUAAAAUUGCUCAACAUGGAAAUCUAACCCUAUUGUCAUGUGAUCUAAUUACACUGACUUCUACUUUCU